AGGACACGCGUGACGAACAACAUGAAUGUCGUUCAUAGAAUUGGACGUUGUUGAGGGGAUGUCGUGGACGUGAUGGGCUUCAUUUAAAAAACCGAAACACAUUGAAAUUUGAGUUUUCAUUUGGGCGUUGUUCUCUCCUCUAUAAUUUUUUUGCUUUGAACCAGCUGAGAUCGGAAAAUCAAUCCUCUCCUUGACGCGCCAUUUCGGCUUUUGAAAUACAAUGGCAGACACUGAGGAUAUUCAGCCACUUGUCUGUGAUAAUGGGACAGGAAUGGUUAAGGCUGGAUUUGCUGGAGAUGAUGCUCCAAGGGCUGUGUUUCCUAGCAUUGUUGGUCGUCCACGUCACACUGGUGUGAUGGUUGGCAUGGGCCAAAAAGAUGCAUAUGUUGGUGAUGAAGCUCAGUCCAAGCGUGGUAUAUUAACUUUGAAAUAUCCCAUUGAACAUGGUAUUGUGAGUAAUUGGGAUGACAUGGAGAAGAUCUGGCAUCACACCUUCUACAAUGAACUCCGUGUGGCCCCAGAGGAGCACCCAGUUCUGCUCACUGAAGCACCCCUCAACCCAAAGGCUAAUCGUGAGAAAAUGACACAAAUUAUGUUUGAGACCUUCAAUACACCUGCUAUGUAUGUUGCCAUUCAGGCUGUUCUAUCCCUAUAUGCCAGCGGUCGUACAACUGGUAUUGUUUUGGACUCUGGAGAUGGUGUCAGCCACACUGUACCCAUUUAUGAGGGGUAUGCCCUCCCACAUGCCAUUCUCCGUCUUGACUUAGCUGGGCGUGACCUCACUGAUGCCUUGAUGAAAAUCCUUACUGAGCGUGGUUAUUCCUUCACUACCACAGCCGAGCGCGAAAUUGUAAGGGAUGUUAAGGAAAAGCUGGCUUAUAUUGCCCUUGAUUAUGAGCAAGAGCUUGAAACUGCAAAAACUAGCUCUGCCGUUGAGAAGAGCUAUGAGCUACCUGAUGGACAAGUCAUCACCAUUGGUGCUGAGCGUUUCCGUUGUCCUGAAGUCCUCUUCCAGCCAUCCAUGAUUGGAAUGGAAGCUGUUGGUAUUCAUGAGACCACAUACAAUUCAAUUAUGAAGUGUGAUGUUGAUAUCAGAAAGGACUUGUAUGGAAACAUAGUCCUCAGUGGUGGUUCUACCAUGUUCCCUGGUAUUGCUGACAGAAUGAGCAAGGAAAUCACUGCUUUGGCCCCAAGCAGCAUGAAGAUCAAGGUGGUUGCUCCACCUGAGAGAAAGUACAGUGUCUGGAUUGGUGGCUCUAUCUUGGCUUCUCUCAGCACUUUCCAACAGAUGUGGAUUGCGAAGGCAGAGUAUGAUGAGUCUGGUCCUUCAAUUGUACACAGGAAAUGCUUUUAAAUGCUGCAGAAUGGCUUGGUGGAGGUAGGUGUCCUCGUUUGGCAAUACAAUAGCACCUUGCAACGAUUGAUGAUUUUUUUAAAGAAAUAUUUAUGUGUUGUUAGAACAGUGAAAGUGGAGUUUGAUGGCAGAGUUAAUUCUUUCAUUUGUUUUGUUUUAGCAUUGGCAAUUGUUGAACAGUUGAUCUUUAACGAUAAAUCGAA